AUGCCCCGCCUUAUUCUGGCCUGUCGAGCAGUGAGCUUUAUUGGUAUUUGGCUGAUAGCUCGUGCGCCUGAAACGGGUCAGUGGGACUAUAAUCUCACUCAGCUUCUCUUUGCAUUCGGCGUCGCUGGUGCCGCCAGCCUUGUUGUUUCCCUGAUCGCUCGGAUUUUCACGCAUCCUGGUGGAUACGCCAAGGAUGUCCUCGAUGUCCUCGAGGCUCUCAAAGACUUAGUACAGUCUUCUACCUCCCAGACGCUCUUUGACAACGAUAAACCGGCAUCACAAACCGAGUCAUUACACACCAAGAGUCUGGAUAAGGCACUCGCCCUGCAUACGUCAUAUGCUUACUCUGCAUAUGAACUACGAAUUGGAAGAGUACCAAUCAAGGCCAUUAAGCCCCUGCUGAUUACAAUCAAUCGGGUCAGAGAAGAGCUCGCGUGGGGAAGAGUACCGGCGCUGGAGGGCACAGAGACUCCUUUGGAGAUACCAUGCUACUUGCUCAAUUGGACGACCCCUGCCGGGGGUGCUCGUCGGCGAUCAUUGAUAGCAUAUCUACUUUACAAGCGGCCGUUGGAUGUCAACUCGAAUGAUCCGCUUGCUGCCCGAACAGCAGUUACGAAUGCCCGCGUGGUAUUAAAAACAUCUCUGGAUUCGGUCGUGCACGAAAUCAAUAAAGCGUGCACUUUGAAACGAACUGAGAGACAUCAUAAAGAGCUCUUUCGAAAAAGCUUACACUGUGCUGCACUUCUACAUAUUUCUUCGGAACUCAUUCGUGCUCUGACAUUGGCACAUGGGAUCCUUACAAUUCACCAGACAUCUCGACUGCAUAUCUUCUUCCUGCGUCCGUCCUGGUUCUGGCUCGGCAUGUCUCCCAGAUCCGUCAUCGAAGAAGAAGACUCUCCUGGUACUGUCGAGCUUAGAUCCGCAGCUGGCCCUGAUACUAGCUCCAGCGCGGAGAAGUCGCCGUUCGAAGACCCUCAUACAACCUUGCUUCCUACCCCUACAACGGCCAAAUCGACCCCAAAAUGGUCGCUAUCAACAAUCACGCACACACCUACUAUCCUCCGGGCUCGAAUACAGUUAUCAAAUUGGAUAUGGAAGGCAAGAAACUCGAAGCACAUCCAAUUCGCAUUCAAGCACGCGCUAGGCAUUGCAAUCUUGAUGAUUCCCGCUCUGCUUCCUGAGACUUCUAGUGGAAAGCAAUUCUAUAACUCUAGCUAUGGUGUUUGGGCUAUCAUCUCGUUUGUUUAUGUGAUAGAGCCAAAUACGGCUUUGACAUGGAGGGUCGGCAUAUGGAGAGUGUUCGGAACUGGCAUUGGAGCACUUUAUGCGUAUAUUACUUGGCAGAUUGCGGGUACCAAUCCAUAUGGAGUCGUCGCGCUUAUAACCGCCGCAGAAAUCAUCAUAACUUGGUUUGUCAGAUCGUCUACUCCCGGUGUAGGAAUUGUUGCAUCCGUUACAAUUCCACCUGUAUUAUUCAUUCCCUAUCUUGGAGUUGCUGAAAUCUCCAUGCUCCACCUCACCGCAUUACGCGCUCUCCAGAUUUCGAUUGGAAUAGUCGCUGCCAUCCUUAUUGAUCAUAUAUUCUUUCCUAAACGUCCUCGAGCCAUAUUCCUUAGUGGGAUGGCCAAGGUGAUCGAAGAUGUCAGAGUCCUCCACAGUGAACUGAGCAGUCGAACACACAAUAAUACCCCUCACGGAUCACCCAAGUCUGGGGUUGAAGUUGCGCAAGCUCAGACUUGUAGUGCCAAACUUGAACUAAGGAUACGGAAACUCGUCAUGCGAGAGAAGAUCUGUCUUGGUCAAAUGGAACAUGAGCUUAGCUUGAUGCCAAAACCGACCGAAUCGUAUCGAAUGGUCACUGGCUAUGUACAACGGCUGGUGGACCUAACAUCAGGUCUAAGACGUAUCCGCGAAAACGUACCUCACAUGGCGAUCGACACUGUUCUGGUACAGAGACAACGAGUUGAUUCGUGCAUCACUCUUGCACUAUACGCUUGCGAACACGCGUUCCGAUCCAGACGAGCAUUGCCCCAAGGCCUACCGUCACCACGCAAGGCACUUGAUGUGCUAAACAUCGAGCUGAUGGAUGCACUCCAGUCUCAGGGGCGAGCGACAGAUAUUGGGUAUGCGAUGGCUGAGAACGAAGUGAUUGAUGAGAUGGUACGCACGGUCGAAGGACUGGUCAAAAUCACCCGAGAUUUAUUCGGGACGCGAGCCUGGCUUAAUGGAGUUGACAAUGUCCAUUUGGGAGUUGGGUUUUGA